AAAUGUGUCUAAAUGUGGCUCUGAAGAAAGGGAGCCUGCUUUCAACCUGAUCACAAACUUGGUUUUGAAGGGAGAGCGCCCCGCCCUCCUGGUCCUUAUAACCAGAAAGCCUGUUUGCAGGACGCUCAAACAUUACAGGAACACUGGAGACCACAUCGCUGUGCAUGAACCAUUCCUGGAGACGAACUCUGGCUACAAAGACUUUACGGAUUACUCUGCUUGCUUCACCUUAUGACCGCGAGCAAACGACCAGAAGUGGCCAUGGAUUUUCUCAAUCACAACUAUUUGAACGCGCGCAGCCCAUAUGACUAUACUUUUAAUUUCUGGAACGACUAUCUCGGGCUGACGACGUUGGUUACGAAGAAUAAUAAGCUCAGCAUGCCCCAGAACCCCAACUCCAUCACCGAGUCCCUGAAAGCGACCCUGGGCUUGGACGAUUCCCCGGCGUGUCCGUGCGUAAUCGCGGGCGGCGUUGGAGAGAGCGGGCACCUGGACUGCUGCUGCCCGUCCGGGAGCCCCCCGCCGGCCUCCAUCCUGGACUUGAAGGAGCGUUUCUCGAUACUGAGCCCCUUCCAGAACCAGCUCGGCGUCCAGCUGCCGGAGCGAGAGGUGGGCUUCGGGGGGAGCUUCGCCGGGUUCGAUCUGUUCGGCAUGGAGAGGAAGAUGCGCAAACCCGCCUCCAGGAGCAAGCAGGAGCCCAAAAUCUGCGUCUUCUGCCGAAAUAACGGAGCUCCUGAGGAGGUGUACGGCUCCCACGUCCUGAAGACUCCGGACGGCAGGGUUGUGUGCCCGAUUCUGAGGGCUUACACCUGCCCCCUUUGCAGUGCCAACGGGGACAAUGCCCAUACGAUAAAAUACUGUCCACUGUCAAAAGACCAGCCAUCCCAGCGACCAUUAAAGGGAGGGAGGGCUGUGGGUGGUAAGAGGAUGAAAAUAUUCUAAACAGACAUGACUAUAAAGUAAAUUGAAUUGCACUGAACAAUUUCCAGAUGACUGUUUUGAGUUCGGCUCUAGCCUUUAUCCCAGUUUCAUAAACAUAUUGAUUUUAUCUUUUUUUUCCUCUCUAAGAUCUCUUAUAUUUUUAUAGUUCUUUUAUCCACAUAGAAUAAUUUUAUGCUUUAUACAUUGGAUUUAUUUUUCUUGCUAGUUUAUAGUCAUUUGAGCGUGUGCAUAUAAAUACAUGUAUCAAUAAUCACAAAGUGUGAAUAAGAAAAAAAAGUAUUUUGGUCAUGUAGGGAAACACACUGACAUUGGCAAAGGGGAUGAAUGUCAUAUUUCUACCAAGUAUUUUUGUACGGUGAGCUAAGCUCGCUGAGAUAUUUUUUCUUUCUCGUCUUAGAAAACCAAAGUUAUGUUUGCCAUUAAAGAAGCUCAAGAAUGUGUCAUUAUUAAUGAGUACAUGUGUGCGUCUGACUGGAGGAGGAACUCUUUGAUCCCAUCUGCCUGCCUAAAAAACUCCACAACAUAUUUUCCAACUUGCUCUAAAAGUUGACAUUCAAUCUGCGAGGCAGGAAGAAAAAAAAAAAAAAAAGAAGAGACAA